CAUUAGAGUGUUUGACCAGUAAUACUAUCAUAAAAGAACAUGUAUGCAGUGCAUGGAAUCUAGCUUGCCUUAUAUCAACCGUUUGUUUGGUAAUAAAGAGGCUUGGGUUUGUGUAUCUUGCCUUGGCAAAUCAAUAUUUGCUUGCUCAACAUUUAUUUUUAACACUGUAUGUAGAGAUCUAUCCUCUCAAGAUUCAUUUAACCGAGGCAAUGUACAGAAUGAUGUGGGGAUAUUUAUUCCCAGAAGAAGAACAAGAUUCACAAAGACGGCAGGAAGUUUGGAAGGUUUCAACAACUGCUGGUGCGAAACGUGUGAAGAAAGGCUCAUUAGUCCCAGAGAUUUCUGCAUUAAGCGGUCAGACAAAUAAAGAGUCUGAGGCCUCAUCCAAAGCAAGUGCCUCUGCCCCUGCUACCAGUCAAUCCUCCGUUCGGGCAGAUCCUCUGCAAGUGAGAUUCCUUCUCUUCUUUCCUUGAAUUUUUUGGGCUAGU